UCGCAGGCCAGGUAGGAGCGCGCACUUCGGCCUCGGGAUGCAGCGGCUCACCCUCGGCGCACAGCCAGUGGAGCUCGGAGCUGGAGCACCGACGGGCAAGCCUUAAAUCCAAGACCAACCUGGACGUUUAUAAAAGGAUUUGUGUGUGUGUUAUUGUUUUUUGUUUUUGUUUGUUUUUAAUAAGGAGAGAAGAUCAAGUUGCGUUCAAUGCGCAACCAUGCUCAUCAACUCGUCUCGCAGCGCGCUGCUGUCCGUCUACUACCCGCAGAUCUUCCUCAUCCUCACCAGCGGUAGCUACCUGACGUUGUCAUCCGUGGUAGCUCUAGGUGCCAACAUUAUCUGCAACAAGAUACCGGGCCUGGCGCCGCGCCAGCGGGCCCUCUGUCAGAGCCGCCCGGACGCCAUCAUCGUCAUCGGGGAAGGCGCCCAGUUGGGCAUCAACGAGUGCCAGUACCAGUUCCGCUACGGCCGCUGGAACUGCUCGGCCCUGGGCGAGAGGACGGUCUUCGGACAAGAGCUGAGAGUAGGUAGCCGGGAGGCGGCCUUCACGUACGCCAUCACGGCUGCCGGUGUGGCCCACGCGGUGACCACAGCGUGCAGCCAGGGAAACCUGAGCCAAUGCGGCUGCGACCGUGAGAAGCAGGGCUACCACGACCGCGAGGAGGGCUGGAAGUGGGGGGGCUGCUCGGCCGAUGUCAAGUACGGUGUGGAGUUCUCGCGCCGCUUCGUGGACGCCCGUGAGAUCAAGAAGAACGCCCGGCGCCUGAUGAACCUGCACAACAACGAGGCAGGGCGGAAGAUCCUCGAAGAGAGGAUGAAGCUGGAGUGCAAGUGCCACGGCGUUUCCGGUUCCUGCACCACAAAGACCUGCUGGAUCACCCUGCCAAAGUUCAGAGAGAUUGGUUACCUGAUCAAGGAACGCUACGGCACAGCGGUUCAAGUCGAGCCAGUCCAGGCCUCCCGCCUCCGCCAGCCUUCCUUUCUACGACUCAAAGAAGGCCGGGGCUACCAGAAGCCUACCGACAACGACCUGGUGUAUCUGGAGCGCUCGCCCAACUACUGCGAGGAGGACAAAGCCACGGGGAGCACGGGGACGCGGGGUAGACUCUGCAACGGGACGUCCGCGCACACGUACGGGUGCAACGUGAUGUGCUGCGGGCGGGGUUACAACACACACCACUACACGCGGGUCUGGCAGUGCAACUGCAAGUUCCACUGGUGCUGCGUUGUCAGGUGCAACACCUGCAGUGAGAAAUCCGAAGUUUUUACCUGCAAGUAGAAAGGAGAAUGAAAGGUCAUGGGAUUUAUUCAAAGUAUUUAUUCAAACAUUUUGCACAAUUUUGACAUCCUUUAGGAGAGGAGUUGUAAACUUCCCUUAAAUGCAAGGUGUGAAAAUAACACCUCCUGCAAGAGAAAGGAUAUGUUAUGUAAAGGCUUUACAUCUUUACAAAGUUGAAACCAGCAAUAUGGAAAAGAUGUCUUACACAUAAGGAAAAACAUAUUACGAUGUGAUCGUGAGAGGGACAUUGGGAACAUGCUUAACUGGAAGUGCUGCAGUUUAAAUCGGCUAAAAGCAGGAAUGACUAUAACUCACACUGUAUUCUGUUUGAACACUGAAAUUAAAAGUAAAUAAUUUAUGUUAGACUUUGUUUGCAUUCCUCUAGAGCAGGGGUGUCAAACACAUUUUUGUCACGGGCCGCAUCGUAGUUAUGACUUCCCUCGGACGGCCGCUACAACUGUGAACCCAUAUAAAUGAAAGAUUACCUCAUAUACUGUAAUUACAUACUUUAUACAAAACACAUUGAUGAAUAUCCACUUUUGAAAUCAGAAGCCUAUAAAAACAUGUGUUUCAACUAUUACGUUUCUUUUCAAAGGGGGAUUGGUAACAAAAAAAAUGCUUGCAAAUAACUCAAAUGGUAUUACACCAGAACACAAUGAUCAAUUUUGAUUUGCUUUCGCGGGCCACAUAAAAUGAUGUGGCGGGCCGGAUCUGUCCCCCGGGCCACCAGUUUGACACAGCUGUGCUCUAGAGGAUGGCAGCAACAACUCACCAGUUUGUGCUUCUCUUCCGUGAUCUGCUGUUGCAAACUGGACUUCUGCAGUGUCUUCAGUGUUGAUGAACUAUUCAGCCAAAUCUGUCAUGAUUCGUAACCUUUCACGUUUUAAGCUAUUGAUUAAGCAUGGGGUCUUUUCUAGCGCUCGUUCGGUUUUUAGCAUCCAACCUCGCGUGUGUGUGUUUUUUUGUGUUUGUGUGUGUGAGUGUGUGUGUGUGUGUGUGUGAACAGCACUUUCCACCUCGACUGCGUUCAUUGUUUUGUUUUUGAAGGGCUGAGAAAAGCAUGCAAGGCCUGUCGGAACGCCACCGAGGUGGUGCAACCAGGUCGGGCUACAGUGGACGUUCCCAUGAAUGGCUCGGACCCGGAAUUCCACGCUUCCAGCGCGGUUUAAGCCCGCCUGGGUGGAUGGCAUGUGAUUUGACCACACAGACCAAAGGCGGGGAAUGAGCCACUCAAAGGGCCUUGCAGCUAUUUUUGGUCCAUCACCCAUCAUGUGUUAAAUAAUGUUUAUUUAGGCUUUAUAUAACUGACACAAAAAAAAAAAAAAAAAAAUGAAGAGUAUAUUUUUAUAUGAGGAACAUGGCACUUUAUAAAUGGAAAGGACGUCGCCAUUGAAAAAGUGUUUAAUAAAAAAAUUGUUUCACUAUUGUCUUUGUGGCGUCACAUUUGAGAGCUAUAAAUUAUUCGGGGUUUAUACUGUUAUUCCUAAAUUGUAAAUAGUCCACGCUUUACCGUGUAGCCCAGAGUCUUUAUGAAUCAACGAUGAUGUUAAUGAUUCAGAAAGUCAGUCAGUCUGUAAGGGUAAAUUGCGCAGCUUCGGUACAGAUUUCAGUGUUUUUCAAUUAUUGCAUUGGAAAAGCAACUUCAUCCAGAUCAUAUUUCCCUGAUACAUUUUGAGCUUUCUCUUCAUGACUGUUGUGUUUUGUUUUUGUCGCAUCUGGCCUUUCUU